AUGGCUGACUAUAUAACUGAUAUUAAAAACAAAGAUAACAAAAUUUCUAUUUUGUAAAAUUUAGUUGAAAAGAAUGAUGGUCAUGUAACACGAUUAAAGAGCAUGAUUGAACAACUUAAAAAGCAAUUAAAGUUCGAAUAGGAGAAGAACAAUGAAAUGGCAAAAGACAUGAAUAAGCUUAGAGAAACCAUUUAAUAAUAAAAUCUUAAAAUAAGAGAGUUAUAGGAAUCUCUAUUUAAAAGCAAGGAAAGUGAAAGGUAACUUCAAAUAAAAAUCAAAGAUCUUCAAAGCAAUAGUCCUUUGAAGAAUACAAAGGGAAGUUCGACAACGACAGCUGCUCAAUCAAAAAAUAGUGAUAAAUAACACAACGAAUAGAUUUAUAAUAUAAAAAGUAUGAUUGAUCUAACCAAGCUAGAAGAAUCUGAACUCAAGCAUCAAGAAUAUGAAAGAAAUUAUUAAGAGAGUAUACUUCAAAAUAAAAGCACAAAUGAUCAAUCAAAUUCACCUUUAUAAAGGUCAGUAGAAAGAAGCUAAAUUGCAUAAAACGAUGAAAUAAGUUGGUAAAAUUCAGAAAAAAGAAGAAGAAAUAACAAUUUAAAAGUCGAUUCUUCAGUGCUUAAAAACUCAAGUUUUCUUGAAUCACCUAAAAUACAAAGGACUAUGUUAAGCGUAGUGGAAGAAGAUCUUUCAAAUAUCAUGAAAUCAGCCCAAUAUCAAAAGGAAUUAGAUCCUGCCUUAUUGAAGACUAUAGCUAAAAGUAUUGUUGCAAUUAAAUACACAAGCAAAGUUAUGGAAAGUAGCACAUGCUCUAUUCCAUGUGUUUCAGAAUAAGGAGAUGAGUGUAAUGAAAUGCAUAUUGACAAGAAUUAUAAUGCUGAUAGAAUUUUAACAAAUGAAGAUAAGAAUAGCUUAUUUCACAUAAAACUUAAUGAGGUUGAGUAAGACGAGCUAAACUCUAUUGAAGUUAGAAAGAAAAAAUCUUCAAGUAUGUCAGAUAAAGCAUCAAGGAGAAUUAGCUUUUAACCUAAAGGGAUACAUUAUCAUAAUCAUCAUGGUAAUUUAAAAUCGAAUAAUAGCUAGUUAACUCCUACCAGCUAGAAAGUUUCAUCAAAUGGUAUUAUUAACACUAAUUAAUCAGACAAUUAGUAGCAAAGCACUCGCUAAAAGGGAUCUUCUACUCCUAGAAUAGAUACUUUUGAUAAUUAAAAGCAAUAAGAAAGCUAAACAAGUUUAGGAAGUUAAAAUCAGACAUCACAAAAUGGGGCAGGCAGCUUGAGAAACAAUUAAAUUUAAGAUGAAGAUAUUAUAGAAAUUAAAGAAAGUAUGGUUUCAGGAGUUUAUAGUGAAAGUACAUCGGGAAGCAAUUCUCCCAAAUGCUCAGAAGACGCUGAUAUGUAUUAACCAUUUAGUCAUUUUUUUGUUUUGGGAUGUGAUAAAGAUGAUGUGAAAGAAUUUGAUAAAAUGGGAGUUGAUAGAGUCUUACUACCAGGAAAGCUUCUUUAUAAUUACUCAGAUAGAGUUAGCAAAUCCAAGAAUGACCCUUUCGAAAUAGUGAAAAAGCAAGUUUCAGAAUAUGCAUUUCCUUAUGGGUUAGAAGUUAAGAAAAUAGAUGGUGAUAUGGGUUAAAUUAAAUAGAUAAUUAUUCCUCCAACAAAGCAUGGUAUGAAUGAUAAAUUUUUCUUUUUUAAAAUGCGCAGCCAAGAGAAUUUUAAGCAAGUCUAAGUAGAAAAACAAAAGAAUGACUUAUUGAAGAUUGUAAACCCUAAUAAAGUUCUUUUCUUUACCUGCCUGUAGAUUCGAGAUUUCAUCGAAAUUACCAGCGAUGACGAUACUUAAAAGAAAAGCUAUUGGAGGGUUCAAAAGAUAUUUUGCUUUGUAAGUUACUUCCCAUUCUAUGACCUAUUAAGCCGUUUGCUUUAAAUCGUUCAAGACUCGAUUAAGGUGGAACGACAAUUCGUCAUGCUGAAUGCAGAUAAUUUUACUGAGCUAGAUAAAAUAGAUAGCGACUCAGUUCAAUUACAUAUCAGUAAAAAUAUAGAAUAAUAUUUAUAACAAUGGUAAAGAACAGAGCUUAGAAUACUAGGAAAGGAGUAUAAAUUUAGCAUGGAUUAGCAAGGAUUCUUUCAAUACAAUUUACCCAGCCAUCCUGACUUCCGUAAAAAAUCGCUUAGCUGGAGUUUGAUUGGCCCUAUCAGUUGUCUAUCUUUUCAAAAUUUCCUUUUCAUUCUAUUUGCAAUUUUGUAGGAAUAGCAUAUUAUUUUUGUAAGCACAAAUCUUUGUCUUUUGACAAAAGCAAUUGCAUGCUUUGAAGCUUUAAUUAUGCCUUUUUAAUGGCCCUAUCCUAUUGUUUACACUCUCCCUGAAAAUCUAAUGGGAUUACUGGGAUCACCUUAACCUAUAAUUCUGGGUAUUAACAGAAGUGGAAGAUAUGUUCUCAGCUAGGAUUUAGUUGAGAGUAAUCCUGAUCAUAUUUUUGUGCUUUUAGAUGAAGGUACUAUCCUAACAAAUAACAACAACUAUGUGAAGCAAUAUUAAAAAAAUCCUCCUUCUCUUUCAUUAAAAUAAUAAUUAGCUGAAGACUACUCUCGUGUUGGACUCAGCUUAAAUGAUGCUCUAAAAGUAUAUAAUUAAGCUUAAUAUUAAUAAUUUAAUAGCAGCGAGCAAUACAAAAGAUCGUUCCCAAUCCCUAAAUUCCAUGUAAAGAAUGAUGAAAUAGUUGUUCUAGAAAAUAUAAUGUAGACAUGCUUUAAUAUAUUUUAAUAAAAAAUAAUUUCUUUGCUCCCAAAGCAACCUAUAUAUGACAGUGAUGAAUAGCUAUUAGAUUAUGAUAAAAUUAAGAGUAUAAUUCUCUAGCAGUCUAGCGAAGAAGAUAAACUUUUCCUAAACAAUUUUUGUUCAUAAAGUAGCUAAAUUUUCCUCUACUUUUGUGAAGAUUUUUACAAUCUUGUUGAAGACAAUAAUAUGAAAGAACAUUGA